CGUUGGAUGCUAUAAAAAGUCUCAUUGACGCAUCGUUUCCUCCACCAAGUUUACCCCCUACGGCUAGAGACACAACUAUCCAAAUGACGGAAGAAACAGGUAUACACCUUGCUCCUAUUGUGAAGGACACAUCUGGAUAUGAGAGACUAAAAGUUGAGCCGCACCCCAAGAAUGAAAACAAUAGCGAGUUUCACGUCAUGAAGGAAGAUGAUAAUGUUACUAUUAAAAAUGAUGAGUCAUCCCAGAAGUCAGAUCUUGCAUUUUAUGAUACAUCAGGUGUUGUGGACACUACAAGGUAUGAAGCUCUCGUGAUUCUAGACCAGUGGUUAGCUAAGGUAUGUGCGUAUUUUGAGUUUUAUGAGAUCCCUUUAGUUGAUCGUUUGAACCGUGUGACAUCAAUGUUAGAGGGCUCUGCCUUGGCUUGGUUUAAUUGGCGUAUGCGUGGUGGCUUGAUUGAUGGUUGGGAGGAUUUUGUUAAAAAGUUCCAAAUACGAUUUGCUCCGCUACAUGAUUUGGAUUAUGUUUGUUUUGAGAAGACAUCAGAGAAGUCUAGAGACACGUUUGCCCACAUGGUGGAAAACGCCAACACACUCCCCGCCCCGACUGUGGAGGACACAAAUGAACCAAAGGAAUCAAGCGAGGAAUCUUUCAUCAAUGAGGACAAUGAUAGCGGGUCUGACGUCAUUGACAAUGAUGGUGGUGUUAUUGAUGGAGAUGAUGGUGCUAAUAUUACGAGUGGUAUGCUAUCCUACAAGACAGAUUCUACACCUCGUGAAUUACAUGUGCCACUAAAUGCCCUAAUGGGGGUAGAGAUUGCAAAGUAUGACGUUCUAGAAAGUGUCGACAAGGUGGCUAGUGAAAAUUGUAACCAAGCGGCCCAGUUAAUUUCUUUGGAUACCAUCAAGUUGUUUGAUCUUGUCAAGUCUCAGCACUUGGUCUUGAAGAAAAUGAUUCGACGAAAGUUUGGUCUUCACUUUUAUUUAUGCCUAUAUACUUCACCCGAGAAGCUUCUUGAAGAUUGGUCAACAAAUUUACGUCUUUUCUGGUUUAGCACGUUCUCACAUGUCCAAAAGCUUGAGUGGGAACCUCCACCUUGAGGACAAGGUGGUUUUUAAGGGGGUGAGAAUGAUAUGGAUAGUUAAUUAGAAUAUUUUAAUUAGUUAUAUUAUUAUUUAGUAGUUAAUUAUUAUUAUUUAUCAAUAUUUUAUAUAUUAGGGUUUUUGUAUGGGCCCGAGCCCAUUAGGUCAUGUAGGUGUAACGUCUAAUCUCUAUAUAUUGUAAUCCCGUUUUAUUAUCAUUCAAUCAAUUAAUAAUUAAGAACUCUCUUA